GGGACGGGACUCUGAGGAGGCUGCUGGUACUGAGGAAAGACAUACUGGCUAUGUGCUGACUUCGGUAAACCUCUGCCUGACUGAAACUCGGAUGAUUUAAAACAGGAGGCUUUCAAACUAACGACAAGCGGACACUUGGAUGUAAGGAGUGAACUUACAUUUUUUUCCUUGCAAUUAGUCAACAGUGGUUUUGUGAAAGUACGGAAGAUUGCGGGACAUAUUUUGCGGAGAGACGACAGAGAGAGAGAGAGAGAGAGAGAGAGAGAGAGAGAGAGAGAGAGGCAGAUUUGGGAUGCUGUCUCCCCGCGCGCUCCGUUCCCUGUUGUGCGUGCUGAGCUGCGCGUGGCUGCACACCGGAGCGGCCUCGCGGCUCAAGUCUCCCGCUCUGCCCAUCCAGUCAGAGAGGGAGCCGCUGCCCUCCAAAGGCUUGUCAGGAUGCUCAUUCGGAGCCCGAUUCUACUCUCUGGAGGACACAUGGCACCCAGAUCUUGGGGAGCCCUUCGGCGUCAUGCACUGCGUCCAGUGCUACUGUGAACCUCAAAAAGGUCGUCGUGGCAAGGUGUUUGGGAAAGUAAACUGUAAGAAUAUCAAACAGGACUGUCCUGACCUGGACUGCGAUGAUCCCGUCUUGCUCCCAGGGCACUGCUGUAAAACCUGCCCCAAAGGUGUGGAUGACAAGAAACAGACAGACUCUGUGCUGGACAGCUUUGAGUACUUCCAUGAGAAGGGCAAAGAAAAGGAGGACGACCUCCACAAAUCUUACAACGACAGAUCUUACCUGAGCUCCGAGGAGGUGGGAGCUGGGGAGAGCCGCACUGACUUUGUAGCAGUGUUGACAGGAGUGACAGACUCGUGGCUGCCCAGCUCCAGCGGUGUCGCCAGAGCUCGCUUCUCUUUGACCAGAACCUCCCUGGCCUUCUCCAUCACAUAUCAGAAAAUGAGCCGUCCCACUAGAAUAAUCUUCCUGGAUUCAGAUGGGACCACUGCUUUUGAGUACAGAGUCCCCAAGGGACAAUCAGACAUGAUCUGUGGAGUGUGGAAGAACCUGGCUAAGCCUCUCAUACGACAGCUGCAGUCUGAGCAGAUGCGCAUCAGCAUGACGACAUCGACGAGCCGACGAGAAGAAGUGGAGGGGAAGAUCAUCAAGCACAGGGCACUGUUUGCCGAGACGUUCAGCUCCACGCUGACAUCCGAGGAGGAGAAUGCAGGCAUGGGAGGCAUCGCCAUGUUGACGCUGAGUGACACGGAGAACAACCUCCACUUCAUCCUCAUCCUUCAAGGCCUCAUCAAACACAAAGACAAAGAGCCCCCUGUGGUGCCCAUCCGGGUCCAGCUUGUGUACCGGCAACACAUCCUGAGAGAGAUCCGAGCCAACGUCACCGCUCAUGAUCCGGACUUCGCCGAGGUGCUGACAGACCUGAAUAGCCGCGAAUUGUUCUGGUUAUCUCGCGGUCAGCUGGAGAUCGCCGUGGCGACCGAGGGUCAGGAUCCCAGGCAAAUCUCUGGCUUCAUCACCGGCAGGAAAUCUUGUGACACUAUUCAGAGUGUGAUGUCCAGCGGUGAUGCAUUGACCCCAGGGAAGACAGGAGGCGUGGGAUCUGCUGUCUUCUACCUCCAUGAUAAUGGCACGCUGGACUACCAGGUCCAGGUCGCAGGUCUCACCAGUGACUUCCUCGGCCUCACCAUCGAGUUGAAGCCGCGGCGGCGAAACAAGCGCUCUGUGCUUUAUGACCUGACACCCGAGUAUGUCAAGGCUACAGGCCAGGCUCAGGGAAGCUGGAGUCGCCUGGAGGCUCGACACAUCCACAUGCUGCUGCAGAACGAGCUGUUCAUCAAUGUGGCCACAGCACACAGCCAGGAAGGAGAGCUGAGGGGGCAGAUUAAAGCCCGGCACUACAACGGACUGGAGACACCCAGAUACGACUUGCCCACUCCUCUGGCCGGCCACUUUGUGUCUCCACCAGUAAGAACUGGUGCAUCAGGUCACGCCUGGGUGUCAGUGGACAAACAGUGUCACCUGCAUUACGAGAUCGUGGUUGCCGGUCUCAGCAAGGCUGAUGACCUCACCAUGAACGCCCACCUCCACGGACUGGCUGAGAUCGGAGAAAUCAACGAGAGCACUACCACUCACAAGAGGCUGCUGACCGGCUUCUACGGCUCUCAGGCUCAGGGAGUGUUAAAGGACAUCAGUGUUGAAUUACUGCAACACCUGGACCAAGGAACAGCCUUCAUCCAGGUCAGCACCAAGAUGAACCCCCGAGGAGAAAUAAGAGGACGGGUCCACGUGCCAAACAACUGUGAGUUCGGGACCAGGGGGGACAUGGAGGGGGCCGAGUUUGACGACCUCUUUGUGAAGGACCCCGAGGAGCUGAAGAAAGACCCACAUACCUGCUUCUUUGAGAACCAGCACCACGCUCACGGCUCCCGCUGGACUCCCAACUACGACAAGUGUUUCUCCUGCAGCUGCCAGAAGCGAACUGUGAUCUGUGACCCAGUCAUCUGUCCGGUGUUGACCUGCUCCCGAACCAUUCAGCCUGAGGACAAGUGCUGCCCCAUCUGUGAUGAGAGGAAGGAGCCCAAGGACAUGAAAGCUCUGGAGAGGGUGGACGAGCAUCUUGAGGGUUGUUACUUUGAAGGAGACCAGAAGAUGCACGCCCCAGGAACCACAUGGCAUCCCUUUGUACCGCCCUUUGGCUACAUUAAAUGCGCUGUCUGCACUUGCAAGGGAUCUUCAGGGGAGGUGCACUGUGAGAAGGUGACGUGUCCGGUGUUGACCUGCAGUCAUCCUGUAAGACGGAACCCCUCCGACUGUUGUAAGGAGUGUCCGGAAGAGGACAGGACUUCUGCGGGCCUGGAGCACAGCGACAUGAUGCAGGCAGAUGGGCCGAGGCACUGCAAAUUUGGCAAGAAUUAUUACCAGAACAGUGACAACUGGCAUCCCUGGGUACCGCUGGUGGGGGAGAUGAAAUGCAUCAACUGCUGGUGUGAUCACGGUGUGACUAAGUGUCAGAGGAAGCAAUGUCCAAUACUGACCUGCAGCAACAUCACUCGCAGAGAGGGCUCAUGCUGUCCUGAAUGCCUCGAGUCCAAAGAGGAAGACGACCUGAUGACGAAAGCUCCAGACAAAAGACGGACCUUGAGACACUGAUCUGUGAGGGAGCCACGCAGACAUCAACAAAUCCUAAUCUACCCAUAGAACCCAUCCUGAUGGACCCAAACCCAGAGCUGCACACUGGGUCCCCCCCACUCCUCACCUCACCCGACACCCACCCUGUUGUCAGCUUCAGGAUUGUAAUGAACAGAGAAGAGCAGAGACGGAGGAAUAAUAAGAUGAAAACAUAAAAAAGACUUGUUAAGUGAAGGGAUGAAGCUAUGAAGAGGACCAACCAGACUUUACAAACCUGCUGCCUUCUGCUUCCUGCCUUUUUUUUUCUUCCUUUUUUUUUGUGCUGGAAACCUUUUUGGAAACUUGCUCAACAGGACAGAAAGAUGUAGAUGUUCAAACAUAACACAGCCGUUAAGUGGCUCCAGUCCAAGAGUGGCAAACCGUGGUAAGAUCGUGGAAGUUGCAUUUCGUUGACAGGACUUCUUUUUGAAGUACAGCCAUAGCUACUGUAGCUCUCACUGGAUAGAGAGCAAAGAGUUGCUUAAAAAUGUGUGUGUGUGUGUGUGUGUGUGUGUGUGUGUGUGUGUGUGUGACGAGUAAAGAAUACAACUAAUCACCAAAACAGAAACACGGUAAACUUUCUGGGUGGCACACAGUAAAACUUGGAAAGAAAAAAAAAGUCCAGCCAGUCUGCUGCUUGUGUUUCGUAGGAUUAUAUUUCCACUCAACGUCAAGUGUCAUGUGGGCAUCAGCAUGAGUGUGUGUGAUUGGGAGAGAAGCUGGUAAUGGCUGCUUGUUAUUUCAGUGUAAUACUUCAACAAACACGAGCUUCGCCUUCACCUCCUGUUGAUCUUAUAGCUCCUCUGCUUCGGUUGUUCCUAUUUCUGUUUCGAAUUAAGUAAUAUUUUAUGAAUUUUUUCUAUCAUUGUUGUUUAUGGAUAUGAAGCUGGUUUGUAUUUUGUAUUUAUUGAAUGGUGUGGAGACAAAAAUAAAAAAGAUGUUGGUAAAA